AUGCCAGCUGGGCCAGUUCCAAAUACUAUAGCCACUCAAGCAGAUCUUGCUGGUAUAUGCCAAGUGGUGGCACAGCUUUUUCAGCAGCAACAGCAGACGCAACUCACCUUCCGACCUGUAUCGUCCACAAAUACCUAUUAUGAGAAUUUUCGGAGGCUGCAUCCCUCAAUGUUUGAGGGAGGGGCUGAUUACUUGGCUGCUGAGACCUGGAUUCGGAAGAUAGAGGAGAUGUAUGAUGCCCUACAAUUUCUCGAGGAGGUCAAGGUCAAAUUGGCGGUUCCUAUGCUCAGAGGAAACGCUAAGUUCUGGUGGAUAGCUAUGAAGGCUGCUGUUCAAGGAAAUGGUGAACAACUGACAUGGAAGGAAUUCAAAGAUCGAGAAUAUGACAGCAAGGUUAAUGAAUUGGGCAGGUUUUGUCCUCAGUUUAUGGAGGAAGAGAUAAGUAAAGCUAAUAGGUUUGAACAAGGCCUGAGAUAUGGGACCAGGUCUAGGUUGGCUGUUCUGAUUUUCACAAGCUACUUGGAUGUAUUGGAAAGGGCUCUGAAAUUGGAAGCUGAAUUGAACAAGGCAGAAAAGGAAAGAGAUGAUCUGAAGAGGUCCAGGAUUAGGCAUAUUGCACGUGAUUGUCGGCAGAAGAAGAAUGACCCUAUGCCUACUGGAUCAGGGGAUCAGAAGCAGAAGGGGACUGCUCGGGUCUUUGCAUUGACUCAGCAGGAUGUCAGUGCAAGUGACAGUGUGGUGACAGAUACUCAAACUAAGACAAGACUAGAUGAUAUUCCUAUUGUGGGAGAAUACCCUAAUGUUUUUCCUGAUGACCUACCUGGACUGCCCCCUGAUCGGAAGAUUGAUUUUAAGAUUGAUCUUGUAUCGGGAGUUGGACCGAUCUCCAAGCCUCCUUAUCAGAUGGCAUCGGCAGAGUUGAGAGAACUGAAAGCUCAACUACAAGAACUCCUAGAGAAGAAGUUCAUCCAGCCUAGUGUUUCUCCAUGGGGAGCUCCGGUGUUGUUUGUAAAUAAGAAGGAUGGGAGCAUGAGGAUGUGUAUUGACUAUAGGGAGUUGAAUAAAGUAACUGUAAAGAACAAGGUCUUCAAGGAGUUUCUGGAUCAGUUUGUUAUUGUAUUUAUUGAUGACAUACUGGUUUAUUCCAAGAGCAAGGAAGAGCAUGAACAUUAUUUGAGAAUUUCAGUGGACUCAAAGAAGAUUGAAGCAGUAGUGAACUGGCCUCGUCCUACUAAUGUGACGGAGAUCAGAAGCUUCUUGGGUCUAGCUGGAUACUACAGGAGGUUUGUGGAGGGAUUUUUUCGGAUAAACACCCCUUUGACUCGUUUGAUUGAAAAACGAGCAAAGUACGACUGGAGUGGAGAAUGUGAGCAGAGUUUUCAGGAAUUGAAGCAGUGA